UCGGACGGUCUUAUCAACAUAAGGACUCGGUAUCGAUAAUUAUUCGUUGUAUUUUACCCCGUAGUAGCUGCAAGGUGCACGAUUUAAUACCGCCAUCAAUCGAAGGAUCCUGAUCAUGACGGACGAUGUGAAACGAUUUUUCGUAACCAUCCUUAAACGAGUGACCGGGUUAAACUACAUCAUCAUUACGGACCGGGAUGGGGUGCCGCUGAUGAACGUCGGUAGCGAUAAACCGGACGGCAUGAUCAUGCGGCCUGCCUUCCAUACCACCUUCACCAUGGCGACCGAACAAUCGAACAAGCUCGGGCUGGGCCGCAACCGAAACAUCAUCUCCAUCUACACUGGCUACCAGGUGGUGCAGAUGAACAAGCUGCCCCUGCUGGUCACCUUCAUCGGCACAGAGAGCUGCAACAUCGGCCACAUACUGGCGCUCGACGAGCAAAUCGAGGCGGCCCUAGACGAGGUAAAAGCAGCGGUGACGGAAACGUGAAAUGAGUUGUUUUGGUUUACGCGGGUACGGAUGUUUUUUUUUUUUGUGCAAGAUACAAUGAUCCUUUGCAACCAGCGCGUACUGUACACAUGAGCAUGGAACUGAAAUGAGAAACCACUAACCGGUUGAUUAAAAUUGUACAAAAGUACGCAAUUUAAUAGCUA